AUGGAAGAUAUUUCUGGUACAAAUCCUAUAGAAAAGGCGGGUUUUUUCUCUCUGAUAACUUUCUCUUGGCUGAAUGAUGUUCUCAAGCUUGGUAAUAAACAGCCCUUAGACGAAAGCCUUUUAUUCCGGGUGGAUACUUCGAAUCGAACAGAAAGACUAGUUACUGAACUGGAACGAGAAUGGGUCGCAGAGAAAAGAGCAACUGCACACCAACGAACAAAGCCUCGCUUAUGGAGGGCCAUGAUGAGAACGAUUUCCCGCCGAGAUUAUAUCAUUAUGGCAUUACUAAGGCUAUGUUACUCACUGACAUUGCAUGCGCUACUUCUGUUGAUAUGGUACUUCUUGAGAAGUAUUUCUACAGGCACAGGUAUCAGUUACAAGACAUCUCUGCCCUUUGUAAUUGGUAUUUUUCUGGUCACCAUGAUGAGAACUGUCGUGCAAUCCAAAGCCAUGUUUAAGGCGCACGUAUUAGCCAUAAGACUGAAAGUUGCCGUGGUGGGACUCAUUUAUAAGAAGGUGGGCAGAAAAGAUAUAGUGAUUUUGAUAGUUGUGGCUGAUAAUCGCGAUUAAUUUUAUUCAGUUAUAUCAGCAUUUUUGUUUUCCAUGAAAUCUUUGUUGCACGGAGGAUUCACAACAACUUUUAUGCACUUAGUAUUACAGAUGGCCGCAUUUGCUUUGUCACAACGUUUGAUAUCGACUAUUAUAAUAGAGAGCUUUAGUAUCGACCAGGGCGGUGGAGUAAUGUUGGUCUUUCGGAGCGAAAAAACGUUAUGCAAAAGCUCGGGUCAAAGAAAGCGAAGAAAAUUUCGUUGUGGCAUGGCAUCGUGUGGAAAUAUUCGAACUCCGCUUCCUCUCUUUUGCAAACGCGAUUGGAUCGAUGAUGAAGAGUUCUUUUUGCUCUAAGAGCCGUUUUCCGGGCCCCUCAGUUUAAAAUUGAACGGUUCUGAGACUAGAACUUUCGGGUAUAUGAUAACCUCAUGGUCAAAGGUCCACUGAAGACAUUUGUUCCUCUGAAAUCACAGAAAAGUUGAAUUUUUGAGGUAAUUUUAUGACAACUUAAAAAAAACAGCAAUAUAAUGUACAAGAACAGGCUGAUGGCCAAAUACAGAGCAAUGGCACAUUUAUAGCCAUGAUACUCAUGCAUAUUUUAAUCGUGGUGUCGAAUUCCCCAGAAAAUACAUAAAAUCAAUUAUUCAUUCAUAAGGUGAUAAAAUAUGUGGUUAUUGUUCAUCAUGGUGUGAGAUAAGAGAUGAACUUUACUGGUUUGUCUCACGAUGGUGUCACUUUGGAUGUUGAUCGCGACGUUUCGACUGCAAUACUGCUAGUCUUCAUCAGGAGGUUAUGUCGAUUCUUUACGUGUCGCUAUUUGUAGCACGUUGAUUCGCUGCUGUUGGUGUAUUUCGAUCCUCAUUAUUAUUCCAGGUAAUUUAGUGUUAACAACUGGGUUGAAAACGUAAAUUAGCCACCGUAAAGGGUAAAAAAGCUGACGUUUCGAGCGUUAGCCCUUCGUCCAUUGCUCUGACGAAGGGCUAACGCUCGAAACGUCAGCUUUUUUACCCUUUACGGUGGCUAAUUUACGUUUUCAACCCAAUUGUUAACACUAAAUUACCUGCUAUACUCUCCCACCGACGCAGCACCACAGUUUCUUUAGAAACUUACCCCUUUAUUCAUUUCUCAUUAUUAUUCCGGUUGUUAGAUGGUGUUCCCUCAUAGGUCCGAGCUGAUCGGCUGUUCUGUUGUUUGAUCGUGGAUAUUCAAGCUUCAGGAAUUUCGAUUCCACUGAUGUGGUUGGGAUGAAGUCUUUUUGGAUAGCCUCUUUGACUCUACGUGUGGAUCACAAUCAAUGAACUUAACCUCGCCCCAAAUAGGAAUAUGCCCCGUUUCGUUAGCGUGCUCCGAAACCGCAGGGGUCUAAGUACGAGCAAACCGUAUGUCUCUGUCAUGUUCUUUUAUCCUUUUUCGCAUUGAUCUCCCUGUUUCACCGAUAUACACUUUGCCGCAGUCGCAUGGGAUCUUGUAAACGACACCGUUUUGUUUUGUUGGUUCUAAGGCAUCUUUAGCUAGGUCGCACUCAGUGAGACCUAAGCGGUAUGUCAGAUUUGAAAACGGUCCUUAUGCUUGAUGUUGCAGGCAGCGGCGAAGAAUCUCUGAUACACCCCUUAUGUAAGGUGUAAACCAAGAAAAUAAAAGUUUCGUUUAAAAGAUCCCAUGCAAAGCUUGGAUACCCGAGACGAAUAAAGUUCAUCUCCAUUUACAAAGUGUUAGAAUACAAGGUUUGAAUGUCUAUAAGGAAUGAAAUCCGUGAAAGUAAACUAAAUUUAAAAUCCUGUAAACUUCCGGUUUUUGCAACUUAACACAGGUGAAAAUUACUCGCCUUCUCGUUUAAAUGCGUUAGCACUAAAAAUUUUGUCCACAACGACUAUAGAACGACAGCCCGCUAAAAAAGCACAUGUGCCGUAACUUGACAGUGUCACGAUAGGACUUCCAGCCGUCCUCGUCGUCUCUUUCGUCCCCGAUGCUAAAGCUCUUUACUAAAAACGCAUUGUAAUGCAAGUGUAUGCUCUGCCAAAAGUUAGUGUGUAUGAAAUUAUGAACUCAUUACGACUUCAACAUGGACAAAAUGUUUAAUUCAUUAAGAAUUCCCGUUUUAAUCGACACAUGCGCAAUGAGGCGCUAGAAUUACCGAGGGACACCGGAUACUACUUGGUACCCUGGCAGGCAGUGUUUGAGAUUCCUACAACCGACACAAUCUUUUAGACUUGUCUUUCUUGUACUCUAUAGUCAAGUACGGUCCCCGCCAUGUCAAAUAAUCUUGCGUAGCGUCCUUGUAGAUUUCUCAUGUUUCCCUUCUUUUAUUUUUCUCCUUUCCUUCUUUUCCUUCAUGAUUGGUUUGCAAAUUAGGAGAUACGCCAGAAGGCAUCCAACAUCCAAAAUUCAUUUCUGCGUCAUAUAGAGGGACAAGGGUCUUUUCGGUUGUGAACCACGAGUUGCUGCAUUACGUUCACAGAUAGUUUAUUCGAACUGGCGGCGUCAAUUGUCGAGUUUUUUUCAGCACGCUCAAAGAGAAAUCUCGAAACGGUUGGUUUACUGUUUGAAACCUCAAACAUGUAAAUAGUACAUUUACAGAUAUACAUUUCAAUCGUAAAGAUAAAGAUAACAUCCUUUUAAGAGGAUACUUCCCCUGCACAGAAAUGAUUCUGUGUACGUGAAGAAAAGGCACUUUUACCGUUUUUUAAAAUAACAAUAUCUUUCUUGUUUCCCCUUUUUCUUUGUCAGAUUCUAAACAGUCAGAGAUGCACCUUAGAAGACUCGCUUUCGGAGAACACUAUCAACCUUGUUUCCAACGAUGCUCAAACUAUUGAGGAGCUGGGUUAUGUCUUGUAUUCAUUUUCAUUCGCCUUUGUAGACCUCAUUGCCUCUUUGGCUCUUGUAUGGUACUUAGUGGCCUGGCAAGCGUUGUUAGGAAUUUCCUUUUUUCUUGUCGUCGUUGCUUACGGAUCCUUCAUAGCUCGUGAAACUGGGAAAAUACGCCACCGGGCUGCUGCAGUAACCGACGAGAGGCUGAAGAUAAUGAAUGAGAUCAUCUCUGGUAUCCGCAUGGUAAAAAUGUACGCUUGGGAAUGGAAAUUUAGGGAUCUGGUUGCACAAAUAAGAAGGUUAGAGGAUUGUUGUGUUUUCCAGAAAAUAUCAUAAUUUUACCAACAGAUCGACUUUAACUCUUCAACCCCUAAGGAAUCAUGAAUCACAUAUAUUGUUUUCUUAAAUCUGAAAUUUUCGACCGUCCCCUCAGUCCAAUUGGUACGUGCUUAUAUGUAAAGAUUACAAGAUUUCAUAGUGAUAGCCCUUGAUUAAUCAAUCGAUGAAAUUUAAAUUUACAUCUGUCUCUGUACAUGCGUUUUGUGUGAAAACGUAAUUUUAGACUUUCAUCCACCGAUUAAUCAUGGAGAUGGGCCCUCCAUACCAGGAAAAAACUAUCAGAGUGUUAAAUAACGCCACAUGCACGAAUUACAUUCCUUCAAAAUGUUUUCCACAGGAAAGAGAUCUCUCUGAUUCGUAUACGAGGAUUCUUCAUCUCCAGUAUCUACGCACUGUUCUUCACCAGCUCCACGAUUGCAGGUUUUAUUUCAGUCGUAACGCUGCUCCUUACAGGGAAUCUGCUGAUCUCAUUUAUGGCUUUUACAUUGCUUUUGGUGUUGAGUAACACUAAAAUGGUGGUGACAAUAUUCCUUGUUCAUGGAUUGCGCUACAUUGCCGACGCAAGGACGGCUUGUUGCAGAAUGCAGAGGAUACUAGAAAAUAAUUCCUUGUCAAAGAUGCAAAUAGAUCACGGCGAUACAAUAUUGCCCUUUACAGACCGAAGAAAGCGAUCGAAUUUUGUCAGAAUUGAUAGUUUUAAAAAUGGAAAACCGGUAUUAGUUGGUGCUCGAAAGCUGGAACCGCUAAUCGACAACCAUCCACCGAAGGUUACGCUCGACAAAGUUUCGUGUGCUUGGAGUAAAACGUCGGAGAUUCCUGCGCUACAAAACGUUUCGUUAGAUGUUGCUGAUGGGCAGCUUGUGGGUUUAACAGGCCCAGUUGGAAGCGGAAAAACAACUUUACUACUUAGUAUUCUGGGAGAACUUCCCGUAUGUUCUGGUCGAAUUUCUUGUAUAGGAAAAAUGGCUUUCGUAUCCCAAAUUCCUUGGGUCUAUUCAGGCACAGUGCGAGAAAAUAUUGUGUUUGGCAGACAGUUUGUCGCCGAAAAAUACAAUAAAGUUAUCAUGGUUUGUGACCUUGAGAAAGAUAUUAAAUGUUUUCCUAAAGGCGAUCUAACUGAAAUUGGUCAACGCGGAGUCAUCUUGAGCGGUGGUCAGCGUGCUCGAGUAAGUCUAGCACGCGCAAUAUACACUGAUGCUGACAUUUACUUAUUGGACGACCCACUCAGUGCAGUGGAUGCCAAAGUCGGCAAAAAUCUAUUCGAGAGGUGUAUCAAGGAGUUUCUGGGCGGAAGAAUACGCAUUCUGGCUACUCAUCAGCUGCAGUUUCUAAAAAAGACUGACAGCGUUGUGGUGCUUGAGAAUGGUUCCGUUGUAGGUCAAGGGACAUAUAGUCAAGUACUUCAACUCAGCAUGGGCUUUCGCUUUUUUCAGCGUGAAGCGAAAGGAGCCCCCAGUUUGGAGAAAGAUGAUCUUGAAAUGGCUACAGUUGUGUGCAAAGACAAAUCAAUGACUGUCCCUCAAAUAGAUGGUGAAAGAGUGGAUCUCACAGAUGAUGCGGAGGAUAGAAUGAUUGGAAGUGUGAAGUGGUUGUUGUACUGGAAAUAUUUCAGAACUGCACUGCCAACUAUCAUGAUAGCAAGCCUUUCCGUUUUCUUGACUUUUGUACUAGGUAAGUGACAAUCGCUUGGAGUGUUUUUUUCAUGACCCAUGCCGCUAAACUGUCUGGAAAUUUUAAUAACUAUGCGAGGACCCUCGCCAGCUUGGAUCAUCCUAUGCAUUGUCUAAAAUUCCCUCGAAUAAAAAAUGACAGUCUUGGUCGAAAUAAUUUGUACUCGUUAAUCGCGUGAUAGCUUUGAAAAGGAGUGUUAAUCCAUCGCCUAUAAGUACGAGUUCAUCAAGCCAUUCUAAAUUGCAAGAAGCUAUGAAAAAAUCUGAACAUUUGCCUCAUCAUGACGACAGAGAACAUCAUGAAACUCGUCUUCUUCAGCAAAUAAAGUUAGCCGUGGCGAUACUUUUAGGUACAUUAUUACCGACCGUAUACCCUUAACACCAUUAAUCACAGUCUUUUUAAUUUUUCAAGGCACUUAUACAUACCAUUGAAUUUUUUGUCUCUCCUAAGUAUUGUGGAUAGCACCCUUCUGGUGGGUCUCAAGAAUGACAGAAAUGCCAUUUGAAAAGCAAAAAAAUUUCAUCACUCUUUUGGUGUACGGAUCAAUUGCUAUUGCUUCCUUGCUUUUUACAAUCGUAUCCUCUUUCUGUUUCUAUGUCACUGCUUUGAGAGCAUCAGGAAACCUUCAUGACCAGAUGACAAACGCUGUUCUCAAAGCACCAGUUUUAUUCUUUGAUACUAAUCCAGUUGGUCGCAUCUUGAACCGUUUCUCCAAAGAUGUCGGUUGCAUGGAUGACCUGCUUCCAGGAAAGUUUCUGUUUGCCGUUCAAUUAUGUCUUCACUUUCUUGGUGCUACCAUUCUUUCAGCGGUAUCCAAUGUUUGGCUCUUCAUUACUUGCACUCCAUUAACAGUACUUUUUAUCUACCUGACUAAAUAUUAUUUGAAAUCCGCUCGAGAGCUCAGGCGACUUGAAGCUAUAACCUGCAGUCCGGUGUAUUCCCUUAUUGCUGAUACAAUGGCUGGAUUAGAGGUGAUAAGAUCAUCUGGGAUGGAGGAUAAUUUUCUGCAAAAGUUUUAUCGGUGAGUGCCCUAUGAAAAUACAAUGUCAUUGUUACGAAUAUUAAAUAUCCUGAAUUAUACCGUCCCCAAGUCUAUAGAACUAACAUUAAACAAUUCACAAUUUAAUAUCAAGGAAAAAAUUGUUGAACUGUACUUCAUUUGAUAAUUGAACCUAACAAUGUAGGAUACUUCAACCGGUUAAUUACAUCCUAUUUAAUCAAUUUGCAAAAUACCCAAUGAAUUUUAUAGCAAGGUUAUUAAUAUUAAGUAAUUAAAUUUUCUUAGUACUUUACACUUUUUAAAUUACGUUCUAUAUCCUAGUUUAACUUCAACUCUAAUUUAUAGGUUGGAAGGCUUAUAGGUGAGGGAGCCUCACCUAUAGGCCUUUCCGGCUUUUUGAGACUUCUUCGCCUUUCCUUUUUCUAUUUUCUAUUUCCCAUGAAUUAUCUGUAGAAAUUAGCUUUGUUCCUUUUUUAAUAUGCAUAUAAAGGCAUAUUAUAAAUAAAUAAGUGAAUAAAAAAUAAAUAAAAUUAAAAUCUGUCCACCUGCAUUGAAUAAAACAUUGGACUGUAUGGUGGAUACCAUUACUUUAAACAAUUGUCAUAGACAUGGAAAGAGAAAACGUUAGCAGUCGUAAGCCAUUUAUUUUGGACGGAAUAUUUAGUUGAGAUAUUGAAUGGCAGAAAAGAUAAAAAUCAAAAUGAUCGAAACUGCAAGCAAUUAGGGUUUUUGAAAACAGCUGAGCCGCUAUCAAUCUUUACGACCUUUGUACAGACCCCAUUUCUGAUGGGCAGGAGCUGUUUAAACAUAAUUUCUACUCCAUCAAUUUCAUAGAUAUUACAUAUCUUUAACUUAAGGCUAAAGCUAUUCUUUGGUACACUUAGCAUAUUCUUUAGUUAGUACGUACGUUACGAUUGGUAAUUUUGGCGGGCCGUAUUUCACUGUACACCCCGACUGAUUACAAAGUUAGUUUUACUUUAAACCUUCCCCUCUAUUAGAAUACAGAGAUAUAUUAAAUAUCUAAACGAACCUUGUUUGUUGGUUUGUUCUGUAACUUACAGAUCUCGUUAUUUCUGCUCAUAUUUAUGUUCUACGCUUGGGUCAUAAAACCGAGCAGAAAAAAGCUCCGUUGGUAAGUUACAGUACGGACCUCGAACUCGGAUAGUAAGAAGUAUUUACUGAAAAUUAUUUGUGUUACUAAGUUUCUGUUUUUUGGCUCAAGAUGGCGCUCAGUCUUAUUUUUAUAUUUUUAUUAAUUCAUUAAUACUAUUAUUAUUUUUCUUUUUUUGGAGGGGGAGUGAGCAGAGUUUGAAAUUUAUUUUUGUUGUUGAAAGAUUUCAAUGGUAACGUUAAAAUUCUCUUUACUUCAUUUUCAUUAAAGGUGAGAUCAUGACAUCAAUUUCGCAUGAAUCGAUUGGCUCAAUGUAAUACGAUGUACUUAAUUGGGACACCGGUCUCUAACUAAGAAGAACUCAUUAGUGUAUUGGUCUUUUUUUAAGAUAUCAAGACAAGAACACGUCAGCCCUGUUUUUGCUGAAGGCCUCAACACGAUGGCUUGCUUUCCGAGGAAAUUGUUUGAGUAAUUUUCUUGUCACUUCUGUGUCGGCUGGAGCUUUGUUUGCAACACAAAACCCAGGUAUAUAUUCUUAAAGUUUCUAGUGCUACUGAAUCGUCCAUUCUUUUCGCUUGUGUGGUCACUUUAUCGAUUAACAUUCUUCGCCUGGCGAGCUCUUUCUUAUAGGAGCCUAUUCCUGCCUCUCAGAAAGUUUCCUUUCUCUCCGCGCUGUUAAUAAAUCCUAUUUACUUAUCAAAAUAUCCACUUGACAAGAGCAAUUUGAAUUACGCUUUUAGUACAUCAUCAAAGAGCAUAACCUUCUCUUCAUAUUCCUUUUCACCGACUUUUGUAGAAGUAUGAUCAAAGAUAAUUAGUAAACCGCUCUUAUUUUCAGCUUUGGCGGGAAUGUCCCUUACUUUCGCAGUCGACACGUUGGAAGCAGCCCAGUACGGUAUCCAGGUAGCCUCAGAAACAGAAAACUACAUGACAUCAGUCGAAAGGGUGUUUACCUACACUCAAAUCGAAUCUGAACCUGGAUACAACUUAGACAGCCUACCUCCUGAGUCGUGGCCAACAAAAGGCACUUUAACAUUGCGAAACUUAUCUUUAUCAUACUUGAAGGGAGCACCACCAACUUUGAACAGAAUAAAUUUAUGUAUCUCUGAUAAGGAGAAGGUUGGUGUGGCGGGUCGUACGGGAGCUGGAAAAUCAUCAUUAGUGACGGCUUUGUUUAGAACACCAGAACCAGAAGGCGAGGUGAGAACAUGCAGAGUGUUACCGUUAGGCACACUUUGAGAUCUCGUUUCUUCAUCUCCUUCCUGUUACGCGAAAUGUAAGUUUUCUUAAAACUUGAUUUAAGAAAUCGUUAGUGAGUUUUAAUGACACAAAUGACUGUGAUGGUGAAAAAUUGAUAAUUAUGAUGAUCAAAAAGAUAAAAUAACGUAUUAUUUCUUAGAGGACAUUUGUUUUGCUCUUCAUUAGUUUCCGUUUUACAUGCACGCCUUAGAAAUAUCAUUAUUCGACAUCAUUUUGAUCCACUUCCUCAUUUCAUUUCAAUAGAUUAUCAUAGAUGGCAUAGAUAUCACGCAUCUCAAUAUACAGGCAGCUCGCAGAUCUAUGGCUGUCAUUACUCAGGAUCCUGUCCUCUUUAGCGGAAGCCUUAGGAAGAACUUAGAUCCCUUCUCCUUAUACAAAGAUCAUGAUCUGUGGAGAGCUUUGGAAGAUGUACAGUUAAGUUGCCUGGUUCAACAAUUGCCUGAAAAGCUGGAGUACAAAUUGAAAGAGUCUGGGAGAAACUUCAGUGUCGGCGAGCGCCAGUUGAUCUGUUUAGCGCGUGCACUGUUACAGAAAAGUAAGAUAAUCAUCCUAGAUGAAGCCACAGCUAAUGUCGACUUCAAGACAGACAGACUGAUUCAAGACGUUAUUCGCAACAGAUUUAAAGACUCCACAGUGAUAACCAUCGCCCAUCGCUUGAACACCAUCAUAGAUUAUGAUAAAAUGGUGGUUAUGGAUGAGGGACGAGUGUUAGAGUUUGACAAACCUGAAGUGCUGCUACAAAAUGAGGAUGCAAUCUUUGCUCGUCUUGUGCAUACCCAAAAUGUAACAGCGGCACAUUGAGCUCGGCUUUAAUCGACGAUGGAAUCACACUCACUUUUGCAUUACGACAUAUAUUGGUACCAGUCUCCCUUUCCGCCUUAGUAUAUUUUUAAUUCGUGUUAACCGAGGAUAGUUUUGCAGUUUUCCUUGUAAGGAAUAAUUCCCAUUUGAAAGGAGUUCGUCAGUUAAAUUCUAUGAGAAAGGAGAACGCUCCUUCAUCUCAUCGCAGUAAGUUAAGCUUCUCCCUUAGUUUGAAGAUAGCUCAUCUAAUUUUCAACGUUUUCACAUCGUCUUUUUUGUUUUUACACUUUGGGAACCUCUUAGAAGAAUCGGUUUCUCAGAUGAGUUUGUAACGUCUCAUAAUAGGUAUGAAUAUUGGGCUAUUCGUUUAUUUUAUUGGCAUAAGUAGAAAGAUGUUAUAGUGUAGUACUGAGGCAUAUCAACAACCCACUGACCGUUUUAAAUUUUUUUUAAGUUCAUGAUAGCAGGUAAAAUUAAUUCAUUAUCUUAUAAGGAUAUUGAGAUACCCCGUUCCGACAAACUGGACUUAAGGGUACUCAAAUUCGAGGUCCUGUCGUCUUGUAAAACAUGUAGAGUACGGCGUGGUACUGACUGAACCUUUAGUAACAGAAAGCAUGAUCUACUUUGUUUAUUUACACAAUAAAUUUUCUUCACAAACACACACCUUUCCGUUUCAAAGUUUUCGGGCUGAAAAUAAUAACUGAGGAUUGAAGUUUCUCUGUCUAUACCAUCAAAAAGCGUAUAUUUUCGGACAACGGUUAUCCUUUUUUUUCUGUUCAUAACGAUAAGUUUUUUUCUAUGGUGUGACUUGAAAGUUUUAAUAUAUGAUCUAAUACCUGAUAUCCAGUCACCCUCGACAAUUAAAAAGAACACCCACCGAAAUGACUGAAAUUUGAUCGUAAACGCGUAGCGUAAAAUUAUAAAGGAUUAGGCUCACUUAUUUUUUCCAACCUUCCACAAGAUCACAUUAUAAUCGGAGUUCGCACCGCGCAAAUGCCAUAGCCAGGAAAAAUCUGGUUAGAAAAUCACGUACGUCCGAUCAUCCUCACCAGGUGCGCCAUUCCUGACACUACGGACGACUCAGCUAAACGCGCACCCACCCUCAAGAUUUGCACAGAGCAGAGAAAACUGUGCCCCCAACUGAAAAUGAUUUGUUUAAAUUUUCCCGCUGAAGAAGGAGCGGGGAAGGGGGGGAAACAACUCUCAUGGAAUUUUUUUUCUGACCGAUGAGAAAAUUUACGUCACAUUCAAUUUAUAUUAAUGAAAUCUCUUCUUAAGAACAGCAGAAAACUUUCUCAGGCAAGUCACCAUCAAUUUUUUCCUAAUUUUUUUUUUUUUUUUUUUAAUAAAAAAAAUAUAUAACUUCAGGUUAGCGUGUAGAGUAGUAUGUUGCUCGCACCAAUCAGAUCGCCGCAUUUGGGUUAUGUAUCUCGCACCAAUCAGAUUACCGCAUAGGGUGUGUAUCUCGCACCAAUCAGAUUGCCGCAUUAGAUUGUCCCAUCUCAACCCGCCCGGCGAAAAAGAAAAUUUUGCAUGCUAAGCAUGCCUAUGUUUUAUUUCGUGUCGGACUUCACCGAAUUGGAGGGGCUGUUCGUUGGCGAACAGUUUUUAGACAAAUGAAACGUGCAACAUCAGCUCCAACAAAAAAUCAUAACCAUUAAAAUUACAAUUUUCUCGAUAGCGAUGGGUUUAAAAACUCAUAUUUUCCACGAAUCCACUUGCCUAGUUGUUAUAAGACAGUUUGUCAUCGGACAGUUCAAUUAGCCAAUCACAUUCAAAGUUGUUACUUCUUGGAGCCAUUACUUCUGAUAGUGAUACACAGUGAUACACAGCUCUGUUUUGUAGUUGCCGUAACUCACCACUGCGCGCAACCGAUAGCUCCCCCAAGCGGUGUCUGUGUAGCAAAUAACCGGCAGAAUGAGGGAAUUUUACACACAUUGAUCGGCUUUGUAAGAGUCAGGCAUGACUGAAAGCAGUCGAGCAAGCUUAGGCGUGUGUUGACCUCAGUGAGCACUUUGUUCAGAGAUCUUCACCCAUCAAUACCGUUACGCAGCAAAACUUGGCAACCCUUUCAAUUUUCAUGCUGUGCGUUUAGAUGUUAAAGUCAGUCGAGCCUGCAAGCUUCUGUUCUCUCCAAAUAGAAUACAUUUGGUCUUGCUCAGGUUUUGUAGUAGCUUGCUGUUGCUCAUCCAUUGCUCCACCCUGUCACGAUUUCCUUAAAUCGUAAUUUGGAUAUUAUCGGAACCUAAACCAGCAGCGUAUAUAACUGUGUCAUCUACAUACAUGCUGAUUUGAGACUGUAACAAGUACUUAGGGAGAUCGCUGAUGCACAAAACGAAGAGCAAAGCUUCGGGUAGAAAACCUUGAGGUGCGCCACAUUCAAGUGUAAGACUGGAUAAGUUGCACCUGUACUUUAUUCUUUGACUGCGAGAAGUGAGAUGGUUCUCGAACUGGUCAUGACUAGGACCCCGGAAUCCAUAGUGCGUUAAUUUGAGGCACUUGGUAUUCACGAGGUCAAAUGCCUUCUUUUAGUCGAUAAAGACAGUUCUUGUCAUUAUCUGUUUGCCCUUGCACUCUGAGAUGUCUAAGAUGUAGUUUAUGAGAUACAAAAUAGCAGAUUAAGUGUUUCAUUUUCAGAUUUCAUAAUUUCUUACGUCUUCCAGCACAUCAAUAUCUGCCGUUGAUUAAAACCAACAUCAUCAACAAAUAAAAUGAACUGAAGUAAACUAGGCAAUUACUGCAUGUGAUUCAUAUGUAAGAAACCUCUUCGGCCUUUGCGUCCUACCUUCGGAAAGGCACACAGACUACUGGAGCUGAACUGCCAAUGUCGCGUGAGUAUGCAAAUGUAGAGUCUAAUUUCAUCAUAGUCAUGAUCAGUGAACUGGUAACUUUCAGUUUAUUAUCAUUCUGUAGUACCUCAACAAACGCCAAUUUAUCCGUAAUGUUUGAUAGGUGAGUUAUUUGUAUCGACUUUGAUUGUCACUCUCAGAUCAUGAGAAAAGUUUUGAUGUUAGUUAUGUCAAUCUCUGUGGCCGCUUGUUCAAAGGUUGGAUAACGCUAUCCAUUGGAAAAUCACUAUCCAGUGGAUAGCGCAAUACGUUUUCUUAAUAGUUAUCCGCUGGAUAGUGAUUUAUCCGUUGGAUAGCAUCAUCCACUCUUCGAACAACUGCGCCCUGACGUGUAGUCCAAUCUUCAGAAUUCAUGAACAAUCAAAGCACAGUGAACAGUUCAGUGUUGUACUCUUUGAAGGGGAACGAUUUUAGAUGAGAGCAUCUGCUAGAUAUAAUAUCGACAGGAAAUUCAGGAACUAAUGCAAGUUAUUUGGGAUACAGAGACUUUUUUAGUAUACAGUAGUUGUAUUGUUGGUCAUUUCAUCAGGUUAUUCAACGCAUCUGUUUCACAUGCAUAAAUUAGACUCUGCAUUGGCUUGCAAAUUCAGAGAUUAAUGGAAAUUGUUUGGGAUACAGAGGUUCUUUGUUUAGUGUAAAGUAGUUUUAUCUCUUUUCAUUUCAUCAGGUUAUUCAACGGAUCUGUUUCACAUGCAUAAAUUACACUCUGCGUUGGCUUGCAAAUUCAGAGAUUAACUGAAACACAUUUUACGUAGUCGAGAAAGGCAGGUUUCGAGGUGAGGAUUGCAGCUGCACAAAAUAUCUGCGAUUCCUUCGAACCGCUCCAGGUGUGGAUAUGUGGAUAUGUUUAUUAAGACCUCUUGCAGUAAAAAUAACUGAAUUACAAGUCUGCCCAGCAAACAAUAAUAAUCCAAUAACACAAAAUGAAUAGCUAAGAAACAAUUGAUUGUAUUAGCAAGCAUAUAAUGGCAAAAUAAUGGCGAAACUAAUCAUGUGCAAAGCAUAAAGCGUAUUUUUUUGAGGUAAAGUUCUUAAACCUGUUGGUCGAAGUGCCUCGGAUAUUUGAAUUUCUUUCUCUAGGUCUUAACGCGUAAUUAUACUGAGUAUCUACUACGCCACCAUCGAUCAUUAUGGGGAAAUAAUGGAAUGUUUCUUCUAUACCUACUGACAAAGAUACAGACCAGAUUGACUGGCCUUCAAGUCCCUUCUUUUAAAACCGAAAGAGUGCGAUAUACAUUCCAGAACUUUGAUCAAGAUAAUCGGCUUUGCUGAAGCAUAUUCUAGUAAGUAACUUGUUGUUUAUUUGUACAUGGUCGAUUAACCCAAGUAAUUCAUAAGGAUGGACAUUUCACCUCUUUAUAUGAUUAGUUGGUUACGCAAUCGACAGCUCCUGUAAGGUGCUGUAUUGUUGGAGCUUUGGGUACCGAGGCUGCGAAAUGAGCUCCUGGGAGGGAGUGAUGGAGGUUUGUUUCUCUUAAAGCUACAAGGGUAAUUACUGUUCAAAAUGAUUAGUUAUAGAGCCAUUGUGCAUGAGGCGUAUUUGUAUUUGACAUUAAAAAUAUUACAACAGAUUGAAAAGGAGCCAAAAUGUCAUCGACUAAGCUAAAUUUUCGGAAGAAUUUAACCUAUGAUUGACUUCCGAAUCGAUGUGAAGCUUUGCUACGCUAAGAUAUAGCCAGAGGAAACAUUUAUAACCACAUGGCUCGUUUUGCUGGAUGAUUGAUUUUCUUAAUAUGUUUGGGAGCGACUCCGUUACAGAAAUGAAAGAUUCCAUAUUUGCUGUGAAAAAACAAAUUACCAUUUGAAUUACGAUAACGAUAGGCUUACCUUGUGAGUUCUUAUAUACAUAUAUUAUUUUCAAGGUUUUUUUUCGUUCCCCAUAGACAUUUCAAUAAGAAAAAAUGGUCGCUUCUUUUGGUUUGAUACCUUCUAUUGUCCAUGUUAAGUUAUUCGUGUUUUUAUGUAACGCAAUAAGGAGCUUCCAUUACGCAAGGUAACGUCAGUAACAGUUGGACACAGAAGGACCGCCUCUCUUCCACUUGCCGAUCUGGUUAAAUCUUUGGUUUUAUCGAGAAUUUUGCAGAUAUUUUUUGUCGUUAAGAAAAUUUAAUGCACUCGAGACUUAAAAUACAGCUAAACCUAUUCUCGUUCCACUUGUGCCUCCAUAGUUAUUUACCUCUUGCGUGCCUGUUUUUUUCAAAGCGCGCUGGACAAAGAGAUCUUCAAGGUAAGAUAACUAAACUAGUGAUCACUUUAAGAAUUUCUGAAAGUAUUUAAUAAAUGUGGUGAGGCACCCAUAACAAUUUGGUGACAACAGUUUUAUAGAAGACGGUUGAGGACAUCUUUUAUAAAACAAAAACUUGACAAUCCUUUGUGUUCCACGCAAAUUUUAUAACGAUUCGUUUUUUCUUUUCGCAGGA